AUGUUACUAUUUUUAAUUUAGAAAUAUAAAGCUUAUAUUUAGCAUAGUGUGAAAGUUUUAAAGCAAAGUAUUAAAUAAUCAAAGGAAAAAAAGUCAUAGAAUAUUUAGAACAAGUUAGAGGUAUCUAAAAAUAUAUUUUAAUUUAAUAAAUGAUGAGAUUUAAAUAAAUUUAUAAAAAAUGACGUUGCACAGUUUCAAAGAGCGGCACUGGAUGUUAAGACAGUGCUACAACUUGUUCAGGAUAAAGUGACAUUCAAUGUUAUUUUGGAGAUUAAGAAGCUAAACAGGAAUGUUAUUGGACUGGAACCGAAUGUGUGAAUAAAACAUGUGAUAAAGCUCCGACAGAUUAUAGAACACAUGAAAAAUGUUAGUCAUAUAAUAAAUAAUGUACUACAAAUGAUGCAGGAUGUAGAACUAUAACUGCUUGUGCUGAUGCAAAAAGUCAAGAAGGAUGUAAAAUCAAUAAUCUUAAUUAACUAUGUUACUAAGGAUCUGGUGUAUGUGUGGAUUACAUUUGUGAUAAAGCCCCAACUACAAAUAACACUAAUACGCUAUGUGAUAAAUACAAACCAGGAUGUGUAACAAAGAAAGGCGGAGGAUGUAAAGAUAAUGGAGCAUGUAGUAACUCUUGAUGAAGAAGCAUGUUAUUUUGAUAAAAAUGGUGGAUAAUGUGUUUUCAAUGUAACCUGUAAGGAAAAAACUUGUCCAAAUGCUCCUAUUAACUCGGAAAGUCAUGAUGCAUGUACUUAAUAUAAGGAUACUUGUACAGUAAAUGCAAAUAAUAAAGGAUGUAGAGAUAGAUAAUGUGACAAUGCACCACUUAGUAUCAAUUCAGUAAGUGAUUGUGAAAAGAUAAAUCAAAAUGUAUUCCAAAAAAGGGAGGUGGUUGUUAAACUCAUAAAACUUGCGAUAAAAUUGAUGUGAAAGAAUCAUGUGUUAAGGAUUCUAAUGGCAAGGAUUGUACUUGGGAUGAUACCUUGGAAUUAUGUCUUGAUAAAACUUGUGCAAAUGCUCCUGCUGACAAGAGAACUUCGCAUUAACUAUGCUAAUCUUAUAUGUCAUCAUGUACAGUUAAUGUUUAAAAGAAUGCUUGUAUUGAUAUGAUUUGUGAAAAUAUUGUGGAGGGUGAUGAUUGCAAAAUUGAUAAGAAUGGUGAAAAAUGUAAAUAUAAAGGAACUUGCUACCUUUAAGAAUGUCGUUUAGCAUCUUAAACUAUUACAACAUAUACUGCAUGCUAAUCAUUUAUGGAUUCAUGCACCUUAGAUAAUUCUGGUAAGGGUUGUAUGCCAAUACCUCCUACUUGUGGGGCAAUAACAACAUAAGAAGGUUGUGUUAAAACUUCAUCAGGUUCAGAAUGUGCAUGGGCAUCUAAUAGAUGCUAAGAUAAAACAUGUAGUACAGCUCCAACAACUACAACAGAUAAUGACUUAUGCAAUACUUAUAAAUCUAAUUGUUUAGUAAAUAAUACUGCUAAUGGAUGUUUUGAUCCUACUACUUAUGCUUGUACAUCCCGUUAGAAUGAAAAUAAUUGUUAUUCAGCUGUUGGAUUAAAAUGUGUUUAUAGUCCAUCUAAGAAAUGUUAAGCUAGAAGUUGUGAUACUGCAUCUGAUAACACAAUUACUUUACCUAGUUCCUAAGGAUAUUUAACAACAAUUUCCAAUUCAGAUUGUGAUACAUAUCUUACUGGUUGCAUUUGUAAUAAUGCAGCUAAUGGAUGUAGAACUAAAGCUAAUGCAUGCAGCGAUUACAAUCGAGAAAAUUGUAGUUAGCAAACAUCAUCAGGUAAAUCCUGUUAUUUGAAUUCUGAUAAUACUUGUGUUGAUCUCUAAUGUGAAAAAAUCAAAUUGACAACACAUCCUGAUUGUGACGGGGUCUUAGGAAUGAACAAUACAUGUACUGUAGCUAAAGGAGCUUCUCCUACCAAUUGCAUGACUAAAUUAGAGAGUUGUGGAUAAUAUGAAUAAAAUUAAUGUAAAAGUACUAAAUCUGGAAAAACUUGUAUAUGGGCUUCUAAAUCUGGAAAAACUUGUAUAUGGGCUACUAAUUCAUGUAGAGAAGCUACAUGUUCGGAUGCUACAGAUACAUCCUCAUAUUAAGAUCAUUUAUCAUGUAAUAAUUAUGUCAGCACUUGUACUGUUAUAGAAAGAGUAGAUAAUAAAGGUUGCAUACCAAGAAAAGCUAAUUGUAGCGAUUACACAUCUUAACCUUAGUGCGUGAAAAAUUUAGCUGAUAAUGAUUGCUAUUGGAAUGGAAAUAAUUCCUGUGUGACUUUAAGUACUUUGACAUGUGCUUAAAUUGUUUUAGGAACCUAUAAUAUUGGUAAUUGUUAAAAUGUUAAAUACUCAUGUAAAGCAAAUACAGGAUCAACAGCUUGUGAAAAUAAAGUUUGUGCUGAUUAUACAAAGACUGAUGGAAAGUCAACUGGAUCAACAGCAGUUACAACUUUUGCAGAAUGUAAAGGUUUAGAUCCUUCUUGCACUAUUGAUAAUGCAACAUCUGAUAAAUCAUGCAUGACAAGACCAACAACAUGCACAAGUACUAAUGCUGCGACAUGCACUUUUUCAGAUUAAGGGUAAUGUGUUAUGUAAGGUGCUAAUUGUAUCAUAUCAACUGCACUUUGUAGUUCCAAAACAGGAACCAAUCUAACAUACUAAGAUUGUUAAACUUUUAAUAAUAAUUGCUCGGUUAAUUUAGCAGGAACUGCUUGUGUUGAAAAAUUAGCUACAUGUGCUGCUUAUACUCUGACAUAAUGUAGAAAAUCCACUGCUGGGUUGUGUAAGAUUGAUACAACUUGUGUUGAUAUUGAUUCUACAAUAAAUUGUGCCUUAAUUGUUAAUACUGGUAGUGUUAAGUUAACAUAUCAAAUAUGUCAAGAUUUUAGUACUACAUGUUCAGUUAAAAACGAUGGAUCUGCAUGCAUAGCUAGAGGAAGUUGCACAUCUUAUGGGACUACAGCCGCUAGUUGUGUAAAGGGUUCUGAUGCUACAUGCAUUUUUAAGGAGGUAUCAGGUACUGACACCUGUGUAGCCUUUGCAGGUACUGAUUGUGCUUCUAAAACAGGAUCAGCUAAUGAUUAUGAUGAAGCUAAAUGUUAAUUCUAUCAUUCUGAUUGUUAUGCUAAUUCAGAUGGUUCAGCAUGUUAUUAGAAGAAAACAAAUUGUUCAGAUUAUACUACUACUGGUAUUAAAACAUGUUUAAAAACAUCAGGAGGAGCUAAAUGUUAUUGGUAUGCACCAAGUAGUGGCACACCUUCUUGUAUAUAAAUUACAACAGCAAGCACUGAUUGUAGUAAAGUAACAGGAGCUUCAAGCUCAUUAUCAUACUCUACUUGUUAAGGAUAUAAUACUGGUUGUAGUGUAAAUAGUACAGGAUCAGCAUGUGAAGCGAAAUCAUGCACAAAUAAACCUUCUCCUCAUACCCAUAUUGCUUGUUCCACAUAUUCCUCUACUUGUGCUGCCAAUAAAGUAACUGUAGCAGAUGCAUGCAAAAUAGCACCAAAUAAAUGUUCAGAUGUGGCUGUUAAUACAGAUUGUAUUGGUUCUGUUACUGACGGGGAAUGCGAAUGGAUUUUUGGUUCAGAAGGAGGAACAUGUGUGAAGAAAACUUGUUAUACUAAAAUUAGUUCUAUUGCAUUAAUACAUUCAGAUUGCACAACUUAUUUGAGUAGUUGCAAAGGUUGGUGGAUGUACACCUAAAGCUGCUUGCAAUACUUAUUUAUCAUCUGAAUAAUGUACUAAUGGAGGAAACUGUUUCUGGAACAGUAAGAAAGCUAUGACAUGUGUAGAUCGUUCAUGUGAUAAAAUUGAGGAUGCUUAUAAUACCCACGCAUUAUGUAGUGGAAUAAAUGGAUUAACAUGUACGGUUAAAUCUACAGGUGUGGGAUGUCAAAGUAGAUAGGCUUAAUGUUCAAGUUAUAAUGAAAAAAAUUGUAUUAUCAACUAAUCUGGGUGGGAAUGUGUAUUGGUUACUUAAGAGGAUGGUACUAACAAAUGUAUGGAAAAAGCAUGCAUAACGGCGGGAAGUGCCUAUACUGAUUAUAAUGGAUGCUAUAAUUAUUUUAAAUUAAAUUCUGGAUCUAAAAAUGAAGAGUAAUGUACCGUGGCAAUUGUUACAGCUACAGAUGGAACAGAAUCCCCUUAAGGUUGUCAAAAGGUGUAAGCAUGCACAAAUUAUAAAGAAGCUUAAUGUUAUAUUGAUUCUGGGGGUAAGACCUGCGUUUGGGAUGCCACAGCUGGUUGUAGAGUUCAAACAUGUGACACAGCACCUAACACAGAGAGUUAUGAUACAGAUGAGAAAUGCAAACAAUAUUUAGCAGAUGGAUCAUGCACAGUUGCAGAUGAUGAUAUGGGUUGUAUUGUUAGACCUGAUAAAUGUGAAGGAAUGACAGAAAAGCAAUGUAUUAAAGAUAAAGCAGGAAAAGAUUGUUAAUACUUAAAUGGUGCAUGCUAUACUAAAUCUUGUUCAACUGCACCAGCAGAAAUUGACACAAAAGAUGAAUGUGUUGCUUAUUUCCCUGGAUGUACAAUGGAUGAAACCAGCAAAUGUAAACUUGAAAUUUGUGAAGAUUUUAUUUUUACCACUGAUGAUGAUUGCCAAAAAUAAAAACAAGGAUGUACUACAAAUGGUACUAAAUGUGUGUUAAGAACUACAUGCUCAGCUGUUACUAAUGAAAAAGGUUGCGUCACAGAAAGGAAAAUUGGAAAUAAUACACCAAAUAAAUGUUAAUGGUUAUCUAAUUCAAGCACAUGUGUUGUUAGAACAUGUGAUACAGCUCCUGUUUCAGCUGAUUAUGAUACUGAAGCUGAAUGCAUUGCUUAUUUACCUGGAGCUGGAUGUACAACCAAAAGGGGAGGAGGAUGUGUUAAAAAAUCAACUUGUGCUAAUGCAACUCAUGAAUCAGCAUGUAAUACUGGAGAUAUUCAUGGAAAUCAAUGUAAAUGGGACGUUGAUAAAUGUAGAGACUAAGUUUGCUAAGACUUUACCUUCUCUACACAUGCUGAAUGUUAAAAAGCUUCAAAUAAACUUAAAUGUACUGCUGGACCUAAUGGUAAAUGCACUAAUUAAUUAACUUGUGAAGAUGCAGUUAGAGCUGCUUGCAUCGAAGGUAUUUAUAAUGGUGUUUCCCAACCUUGUCUUUGGAUAGAAGAAAAAGGUCGUUGCUUUAAAUAUCUUUCAUGUUAGAGUUUAGAAUGGGAUAAACAUGAAGAAUGUCAAUAUAUUUCUAAUUAAUGCACUGUUAAUUAAAACAAAUGUUAAGCAAUUACUUUGUGCAGUGAAACAAACACCAAUGGAGGAUGUAAAGUAGGUUAUGAUGGUCCAUGCAUUAAAACUGUCCCAGCAAUUGAUUCUAAUGAUCUUGCUGUUUGUAAAGCCUACACUUCAUGUGCUGAUGCAUUCUAUAAAACUCACACAGGUUGUAAUGAUGCAAGUGAUAAAUGUACUACAAAUGGUGCAACAUCUUGUGCUCCUCUUGGAACUUGCUCAUUAUACACUAUCUAAGAAGCAUGUGUUCUCAAUAAUGUUGGUGCAGUUUAUGAUAAAACAACUGGUGAAAUUAUAUCCACUGGUAAUUGUGCUUGGGAAGGUACUCAAUGCAUAGAUUAAACUUGUAAGUAUCUAGUCCCUGCUAAAUCUCAUCAAUCCUGCUAUAAUUAAUUGAAAGGUUGCACCUCAGAUGGUGCUAAUUGUAUUUCUAUUGCCGCUUGUGCUACAUACACCACUGAAGUAGUCUGCAUAACUGCUAAUGGAUCUGAUGGACCAAAUGGAAAAUGUCUUUGGGAUCCAGAAGCAAAUAAUAAAGCAGGAGGAUGCAGAGUUUUCUAAUGCUCAGAUAUUAAAGAAGUUACAUCAACUCCUGUUUGCUAAGCUACCUUAUCAACCUGUGUUUCAAACGGAACUGCAUGCAUUGAAAAAGCUAAUUGUAAUAGUCCAUAGUAUUAAAAUAAAAUAUCAUGCAAUUCUGGAGGAAAAGAUGGAAUUUGUAUUUUCACUAAAUCCACUGCUACAGGAGCUACUGAAAACUAAGGUACUUGUGCUUUGAUGACAUCAUGUGAUUCAGCUAAAAAUGAUUCAAAAGCUUGUACAGAUGCUAAGAAUAGAUGUUCAUGGACUCCACAAUCAACAGCAGGUACAACUACAGUUCCAAGUAAAUGUUAAACUCAUUCAUGUGCCACCUAUAGAUAAGCAAAUGGUAAUUGUGGAAAUUUCUACAGCUGGGACUUUAAGACCCAAUAAGUUUGUGUUACUGAAGGUUCUGAUUGUAAAGAAAAAGAUCCAUCAACAUUAUCCUAAGAUUUAUGCUACACAGCCACUGCAUAUGCAUAUACUUGGAAUGCUUCUACAUCUAAAUGUGCAGUUUGCACUGCUGUAUAAUAAAAUAAUAACACAACAACAAAUCCUAAUACAACAACUACACCAAAUAACACAGAUGAUUCAGGAUACAUUCUUGGUUUUACAACUGUUAUUUUAGGAUAUCUAGUUUUCUGA